AUGGAAAAUGUUUUGGAAACGGUUGAAAUAAUCCGUAAGAAUGACCUCCCAAUAGAGAAGGUUUGUAGACCUCCAAUGGUUGGUGGACCUCCAAAGGUUGGUGGACCUCCAAAAUAUGGACCUCCAAAGGUUGGUGGACCUCCAAAGGUUGGUGGACUGAAGGUCGGUGGACCUCCAAAGGUUGGGACUCCAAGUGGUCAGGACCUCCAAAGGUUGGUGGACCUCCAAAGGUUGGUGAGUCCCCAAAGGUUGGUGGGACCUCCAAAGGUCGGUGGACCUCCAAAGGUUGGUGGACCUCCAACGGUUGGUGGACCUCCAAAGGUUGGUGGACCUCCAAAUGUUGGUGGACUUCCAAAGGUUGGUGGACCUCCAAAGGUUGGUGGACCUCCAAAGGUGGUGAGUCUCCAAAGGUUGGUGGACCUGGUUGGUGGACCUCCAAAGGUUGGUGGACCUCCAGUGUUGGUGAGUCCCCAAAGGCUGGUGGACUGCCAAAGGUUGGUGGACCUCCAAAGGUCGGUGAGCACAAAGGAUGGUGGACCUCCAAAGGUUGGUGGACCUCCAAAGGUUGGAGUCCCCAAAGGCUGGUGGACUCCAAAGGUUGGUGGACCUCCAAAGGUCGGUGAGUCCACAAAGGAUGGUGGACCUCCAAAGGUUGGUGGACCUCCAAAUGUUGGUAGAGUCCCGUUGGUGAGUCCCAAAGGCUGGUGGACCUCCAAGGUUGGUGGACCUCCAAAGGUUGGUGGACCUCCAAAUGUUGGUGAGUCCCCAAAGGUUGGUGGACCUCCAAAGGUUGGUGGACCUCCUGGUGGACCCCAAAGGUUGGUGAACCUCCAAAGGUUGGUGGACCUCCAAAGGUUGGUGGACCUCCAAAGUUGGUGGACUCCAAAUGUUGGUGAGUCCCCAAAGGUUGGUGGACCUCCAAAGGUUGUGGACCUCCAAGGUUGGUGGACUCCAAAGGAUGGUGGACCUCCAAAGGUUGGUGGACUCCAAAGGUUGGUGGACCUCCAAAUGUUGGUGAGUCCCCAAAGGCUGGUGGACCUCCAAAGGUUGGUGGACCUCAAGGUUGGUGGACCUCCAAAUGUUGGUGUCCCCAAGGUUGGUGGACCUCAGGUUGGUGAACCUCAAGGUUGGUGGACCCCCAAGGUUGGUGAACCUCCAAGGUUGGUGGACCUCAAGGUUGGUGGACCUCAAAUGUUGGUGAGUCCAAAGUUGGUGGACCUCAAGGUUGGUGGACCUCCAAAGGUUGGUGGACCUCAAGGAUGGUGGACCUCAGAUGGACCUCCAAAGGUUGGUGGACCUCCAAAUGUUGGUGAGUCCCCAAAGGUUGGUGGACCUCCAAAGGUUGGUGGACCUCCAAAGGUUGGUGGACCUCCAAAGGUUGGUGGACCCCCAAAGGUUGUUGAUCCCCCAAAGGUUGGUGGACCUCCAAAGGUUGUUGAUCCCCCAAAGGUUGGUGGACCUCCAAAGGUUGGUGGACCUCCAAAGGUUGUUGAUCCCCCAAAGGUUGGUGGACCCCCAAACGUUGAUAUUUCGUCGUAA